GUGACGUCACAGCAGUGCGGGACUCCAGCCUAUCGUCAGAGAACAUUGAAGGCAAUGGUCCCGGUUAGAGUCGUGCUUCACGAGGGACGCUUCCACUUUACUGUUCCAAGCAAGGAAGAAGCGAACCACAGCCCACGGGCGCUUGCCGUGGACGAAAAGGGAAAGUUUUACGAUGGAGGAGAGAAAGUAGCGCGAGAAGAGGCACGCCAACCACAGUCUCCAGCGGACCUUGGACUGCAAAGCAACUCCCGGUAGAUGAACGGCCAACUGCUGAAAAAUAUGCUCCAGCCGAGCCACCUCAGCCCCGGCUUCACUCGCGAAUUCCCCGUGUUUUAAACUGCUCUCUGAGACAUUCGCCUGCAUAUUUUUAUUUUGUAUUUAUUUAUUAUCUUUUUUUUUUAUUUAAAAAUUUUUUUUUUUUUACACCUGUGAAGUUCGCCAUCCAGUCCUCGACCCACCUGCGAGAGAUAUCAUGGCUGGAAAGCUGACAACAGCGCAAGGCACGGGAAUACUGCUGGUGACAGCCAACGUCGGAUCCCUGUUCGAGGAUCCUAAAAAUCUACAGAAAACAUGGCUGAGGGAGUUUUACCAGACAGUUCAGUUACAUAAGCCCCAUUUCUUAGCUGUGCACUGUCAAGAAGUGGGUGGGAAGAAUUAUGAGGCUUCCAUGUCACAUGUGGAUAGUUUUGUCAAAGAGCUAUUAUCCAGUGAUGCCAUGAAGGAGUACAGCAGCGCUCGUGUCUACCUCGAUGAAAACUACAAGUCCCAGGAACAUUUCACAGCUCUGGGAAGUUUCUACUUCAUUCACGAGUCUUUGAAAAACAUCCAGCAGUUUGAUUUCAAAGCAAAGAAAUUCAGGAAGGUGGUUGGGAAGGAAACCUGCUCCGAGACACUAGAAAGCACACCCUCGCUGGAGAAGGAGAAGUUUCCACAGGACUACUUUCCUGAGUGCAAGUGGUCCAGAAAGGGAUUCAUCAGAACUCGAUGGGCCCUACCUGACUGUUGUUUUGACCUGGUAAACAUCCACCUUUUCCACGAUGCUUCCAAUCUGGUGGCCUGGGAGAAGAGCCCUUCGGUCUACUCUGGAACCCGACAGAAGGCACUGCGCUACGUUUUAGACAGGAUCACGGACCAGCGGUUUGAAAAGGUGCCAUAUUUCGUCUUCGGGGAUUUUAACUUCAGGUUGGAUUCAAAACAGACUUUCUGUUCCACCGCUACCAUGCAGACAGUAAGAACCACGGACACCAAUGAAGUCGACAAGCUAAUAUUUAGAGAACGUGACAAUGACAGAAAGGUCGUCCUUCAGCUUGAAAAGAAGCUUUUUAGUUAUGUCAACCAAGAUGUUUUUCGGGAAAACAAUGGGACCUCGCUUUUAGAGUACGACAAAGAGCUGUCAGUGUUCAAGGAUCGACUGCAUGAAUUGGAAAUAUCUUUCCCUCCCAGUUACCCAUACAGUGAAGACAGCAGUCAGGGAAAGCAGUACAUGAACACCAGAUGCCCAGCCUGGUGUGACCGAAUCCUCAUGUCUUCAUCUGCCAAAGACCUGGUCUUAAAGCCAGAAAAUGAGGAGAAGUCUCUUGUCUAUGAUAACAUCGGGGCCAAUGUCUGCAUGGGGGACCACAAGCCUGUCUUCCUGUCCUUCCGAAUAACAGCGGGGGCAGGUAAACGUAAUGCAAAUAAGCACAAGUGUUGUGUGGUGCAGUGAUGUCGUGGAAAUUGAUGCCAAAGGAGGGGAGAAUAUAUUCGGUGAAGCGCCUCUGUGAGAACACAUGGAGAGGCACGCACGCACACACACACACACCCACACAUUUGAAGACACGCGUGCAAACACAUCCAUGCACAUCCACUUUGCACAAGCGUACACUUAAGAAGAACCUAGCCAAACUUUUCCAGCAGUGCUGAGCAGCUGUCCUCACAGCUCAUUCGAUUAAAAGCACGUCGUUUUGCCUCUCCAUAAAACACUUAUUGAAAAUGUGGACCAGCACCCGAGGGUGUGAGGGCCGGGCUCCAGACAAGACACACAUCGCUGACCUCACCGUUGCCAUGCAACCACCUCACACACCGCCCCUCGAAGAAAGAAAAAGAAGAGGAUGGACGGAUGGGACGGGCCUAAUUCUUGCCAAAACUCUAAUCGAAAAAUCAGUCGUGCUACACAUAAUUGCCAUUUUUUUUUGUGGUCUGCCUUUAUGUCUACAUAGUAUGUCAGGUGUUUUAAAGAGGAAAAAAAAGUGCAAUGCAAAAGACAUAUCUAUAUGGAUAGGUUAAUUUGUACGUUGGACUGUUUAAAAUUAGGCAUGUUGCUGGUUUUAGUGCUCUUCUUGGUUUGGAAUAUCUUUUCAGUUUAUUUUAGCCAUUUAUAUAUAAAUAUAACGUGUGAUUUUUGUUUGUUUGUCUGUUUGUUUUUCCUCUCCCCAUUGCCAUACCUGACCACAUCAUUUGAGUUUUGUUUUAUAUACUGUACUUUUUAAAGCGAUAUAAUUUAUAAUUCUUGUGUUUUGGAGAUCCUUGCAGCCAUGAUGACCUUUGACUAACAGCGAGAAAGUGUCCAGCCAGUGAUUAAUUCCUUUCCAAGAAUAUUUUAAAGCAGUGCCAUAUAGACCAUGCAAAGUGUAUAAGAUUUUAUAUAUAGCACACUCACAUAUUGCAUUAUUGUCAUUCUUACUCUAAUUUAUUUUUACUUAAUAAUAAUAUGGUUCUGAAUGUAAUUUUAGGUAGGCAUGGGUGUCCUUUUGUCAAUUUUGUUACUGCUGUUAUGGUGCCAAGUACACACAAAUGAAGCGUGAAAAUGAUAUUUAAAGCAAAAAAAAAAAAAGUAAAUGCAAGAAAAGACCAAGAAAAAGAAUUGGAUUUUAUUUGUGUUCAAUGUAGCCUGCAACAGUCUUCAGUGCAAAAAAAAAAAAAACGUUAUAUGUGACUGGCUAUUUUGUUUUUAUUUGAAUUUAUUACACUACACGUAUUAAGUCAUUAGAUCGAUCCUCUGUGAUUUGUUUUUUGUUCUGUUUAAAUCACUGCAUGUGGUAAUUUUGUGCCUGCUGCAGUUUGUUUUGAUAUGGAUUGUUAAGCAAACAGGUAGGGGGGAAAAAAACACUUUUUCUUUUUUUUUUGACCUGCUGCUCAUUGUGAAUUUACUGUAGGAAUAUAAGCCGCAGUUUUCCUUCACUCCAUUUUAUAGUAUAAAAGCAAAUAGAGAUUUUAUUCCAGCCCCUGUGGAUCGCCUCAUGGCCAACAGGUGAUGCACUUGUCAAGCAAUAAACAACAUUCGAGCUCA